GAGAGAGAGAUACUCGUACACUUGUGUAUACAUACACAGAGAAAGAGAAACAGUUGUUAGGGAAAGACAAAGUGGUGGGUCUGUUUCUGACAAUUAUCUUCAUUUCCCGCUUCUGCUCUCGUUUGAAUCUCUCUCUUCUUCUUCUUCUUCCACUAAAAAACAGAUAAAGAGAAAGAGAAAGUGUGAGACCUUCCUUCUUUCUCCAGAGAUAAGAGAGACAAAGAGAGUGUGGUUGUGAUUUGUUUUCACUGUUCAACUAUGGACACUCCUCAGAAGAGUAUUACCCAGAUCGAAACUCCAAUUUCCAAAUCCAGAUUCGAGGAUUCUCCAGUGUUCAAUUACAUAAACAGUUUGUCUCCAAUAAGACCUGUCAAAUCCAUACCAAACCCUCACCAGUUUAGCACUCUCAAUUUCACUUCCCCUCCCUCUGUUUUCACUUCACCACACCUUACUUCUUCUCACAAAGAAUCAAGAUUCUUCAAAACUCACCACCCUUCUUCUGAUCCCACCAUUCCUGUUCAAGAAUCUCAAGACAAUUCCGCGUCAAAUGUAGAAGCUGUAGCAGAAGCAGAUGCCACUACAGAAUUCAACACAGAUGCUUCAACUGAAAUGGAGCAGCCACAAAUCGUCAAGGAAACAAAUCUUGAUGACCCCCUUGCUGUUUCACCUUGUGGUAGUAGAGAGACCACCGAUCUUUCGCUUGUGCCAUACGCUUCUCCUCCUAGAGAAGAGAAUAAUGGUGAGGAUGCUGCAGGGAUGGAGAUGCAGAAGAUGAUGAAUGAUAAUGUUCAGGGGAAAAACGAAACUCCGGAUUGGGAUAGAUUGAUUGCAGAUUCUUCUGAGUUCUUAAUCUUCAGCUCACCUAAUGAUUCAGAGGCUUUUAGAUGCCUUAUGAUGCAGAGAGCAUCACCCUCCCUAGCACCUUCAGUGAUGCCAACAAUGCAGCCUGGUUCAAUAAACGAACCGGAGUCUUCAAACGCAAGUCCUUAUGGGGCUGUUUCAGUCUUGCACCGUGGUAUCAGAAGAAGAUGUUUGGACUUUGAGAUGCCGGGGAAUAAACAAACGUCCAGUGAGAAUAACACUGUGGCUUGUGGAUCCUCGUCCAGAUGUGUUGUACCGAGUAUUGGUCUUCAUCUGAAUGCCCUUUUAAUGUCCACAAAGGAUUGUAAAAUCAAUACCACCACUCAUGACUACUCGUGUACUGAGAAGUAUCAAGUGGGUCUACAAGGCUCAAGCUCUACACUGCAAGAACCAUUUGACCAAACUGAAACUGCAACCCGGGACCUGGAAGUUGUUCCUGAUGAACCAACCUUGGAAGAGUUGCAUUUGAGCAGCCCUAAGAAGAAGAGGGUUAAGAUGGAAGCUGGAGAAGGCGAGUCAUCAUGUAAGAGAUGUAACUGCAAAAAGUCAAAGUGCUUGAAACUUUACUGUGAAUGCUUUGCUGCUGGAGUCUACUGCAUAGAGCCAUGCUCGUGUAUAGACUGCUUCAACAAGCCUAUUCAUGAAGAUACUGUCUUGGCUACUCGCAAACAGAUUGAGUCUCGGAACCCACUUGCAUUUGCUCCUAAAGUUAUUAAGAGCUCCGAUUUGGUUCUAGAAACCGGGGAUGAUGCAAGCAAAACUCCAGCUUCUGCACGCCAUAAACGUGGCUGCAACUGCAAGAAAUCAAACUGUCUGAAGAAAUACUGUGAAUGCUUCCAGGGUGGUGUGGGGUGUUCCAUAAACUGUAGAUGUGAAGGGUGUAAGAAUGCAUUUGGCCGCAAAGAUGGUUCGUCCAUUGUUGACAUGGAAGCUGAACAAGAGGAGGAAAAUGAAACAUCUAAGAAGACCAAAAGAACCAAAAACCAAGAGAACACUGAGGUAUAUUUGAUGAGAAAGGAAGAGAGUUCUGCUCUACCUGCGACACCAAUGUCGAUUUACAGACAACAACUGGUUCAGCUAAAGAACAUGAUGCCUCCUCCACAGUCUGUACUUGGAGGUGGAUCUUCUUCAUCAGGGAUGUUUAACAGUCAAUAUACAAGAAAAUCGGAAACGAAGUCACUGGAGACAGUGACAGAGGAUGGAGCUGAAGAAAUGCCUGAGAUUCUUAGCCACACCUCUAUAGAUAACACCAAAGCUGUCUCUCCCAAUGGUAAGAGGGUCUCUCCUCCUCAUCUGGACUCUUCCAGCUCAGGGAGAAGAAGUGGUGGGAGGAAACUUAUACUGCAAUCCAUUCCAACGUUUCCUUCUCUCACUCCUCAACACUAGAAAGCAUUUUGUGUCUUGUAGCCAGGCUACACCGUGUAGCUUUUUAAAAUUCUUUGAAUCUUUUUUCAAGAAAGUCAACUUCUAGUUGGUAGUAAGUUUAGCACACAUUGUCUGUGUAAUAAGAUGUGAAGACCCAUCAUGUUCUCCACAAACAUUUCUUGUAAUAUAUAUAUAUGCUUCUUUGUCCUC